GUUUUUAGUGCGGUGUAAUGAAACCUCCCCCCCUCGCAGCGGUGAUUUGGUUCGGUCCUAUCGACAGCUCCGAUUCUCUCAUCAGUGAGUUGUACUACAACAGCAUCAAACUGGAAAACAAACGUGCACUCGCGAUUUUAAUAAGCGAUAAUCACAAUGAAGGAGCCAAUAUCUGUGAGCAAAGCAACUUGAAGAGAAAGAGGCCAGUGUGAGUGUGUGACUGUAUGUCUGUGUACACAUAUGUAUGUGGAUGAGCUUGCAUAGGCCAUGUCUGUCCCCACAAAACAAGAGAGGACAGUAUGUGUCCUCCUUCCCACAAAGGAGACACUGGACAUCACAGUGGGGUUGAAAGCAACAGGUCAAGAUGUGUUUCACCGUGUCUGUGAGCUUCUCGGGGUUAAAGAGUUGCACUACUUUGGAUUGACUUUAGUCAAAGACAAUGAGUACAUCUUUCUGGACCUGGAAGAGAAACUUGCCAAGUACUUCCCUAAGGAAUGGAAACAGGACUCAGGGAAGCAGGGGUCACAGAGGAGGUCAAUCCCUCCCCUGCUCUGUCUGAAGGUCCAGUACUAUGUGGAGAACGGCAGACUUCUCUGUGAGCGUAGAGCAAGAAAACUGUACUACUUUGAUCUGCGGGAACGUGUCCUGCGCUCAGAAUGCAGACAGCAGGAGGAAGUGUAUUUCCAGCUGGCAGGAUACGCCCUGCAGGCCGAUCACUCUGACCACCGCUCGGACGGCCACAGUCGGGGACACGCUGCGUAUUUCCAACCCAAAGAAUACUUUCCACCCUGGAUAAUUGCGAAGCGUGGCAUUGACUACCUGCUGUGUCACGGGCCCAAGGUUCAUAAAGAGCUGUGGGGGAUGUCCUCACGUGACGCCAUCCUGCUCUUUAUCAGAGAAUCUUGCCGUCUGGAGGAUGUCCCAGUCACCUUUUAUCGCCUACAAAAGGACAAGAAAGAAGAGAAAGGUUCAGCACUCCUUGGACUCACUCUGCGAGGAAUGCAAGUGUAUCAGGAGGUGAACAAUGUGCGUGAUCUGCUGUAUGACUUCCCCUGGUUUCACGUGGGACGACUCACUUUUCUGGGGAAGAAGUUUGAGAUCCAGCCGGAUGGUUUGCCCUCUGCGAGGAAGCUGGUGUAUUACACGGGUUCAGCCUUUCGUUCCCGACAUCUUCUGCUGCAUUUAAGUUCCUGUCACAGAUUGUACCUCAGUUUGCAACCUGCACUCAAACACCUGCGGCAACUUGAGGACUCAGAGGAGAAGAAGAGGUACCGUGAAUCGUACAUUAGUGAUGAGCUCGACCUGGAUCAGCCAUGCAGCGAGGGCAGUCCCCGUCUGUCUAGACACUCCACCAGCAGCUCUGGCAUUGUGGCAGACGCCAGGCAAGUCUCCACAGAGAUGGUUUCUAUGGUGGAGAAGGAAAAGCCCUUCAUCUCCGCUGUCAGUCAUGGCUCCUCACAAACCUUUGGCAUUGACACCAGCAGCAAAGCUCAGACUGAUGAAGAUGAGUGGCAGGAGGAAGGUUUGCAGGAGGUGGUGAAGGAGCCCGGGGAGGUCUCUGUGGAUGACCCUGUGGAUAUCUUGCGAUUGGCUGAGCUGCUGGAGGGCGUGUCCAUCGACUGUCCCACCAUCCAAUCAGAUACCGAAUCUAAAGGUCCACAAAUGAGAUCAGUUACAGGCAAUGAUCAAAUGGACCUUUGUGAUCCAGAUAACAUGAAACAGGUUUCGAAUCAGAAGGCUCGUAACCCGGCCGACCGCUACAGUCUGAGUCUGGAUGACGUGCGACUGUAUUCCCCCCUUCUCCCUCUGGGAACGGCAUCGGUUCCAGUCACAUCCGUCAGCUACACGUUUGGGCUUCCGCACUCCCCGACCAGCCCGUGUCCAGACAGUACUUCAUUCUGUGUCCAGCGCUCCACGAACUGCCUAUCUCUGGACCUGCUGGAUGAUAACCAGUUGCUGGAGCUUGUCCUUUAAGAAACUGAGAAGACUGCUGUUGUCUUGCCAUUAAACUGGACAGAAAAAUAAAGACAAAACUGAGGCAUUAAAAGGACACAUUUUUAUCAGGAAUUUCAUUAAAACUCAACCAAUGUGUUUCUAUGCUGUAUGACAGUAUGAACAAAUGUGGGUUUUUUUGUUAUCAAUUUUUUUUUUACAAAUCUUCGGUCAUGUAGAAUUUUGUGUUGAACUUUUUUUAAAGAACAUUGUUAAUUAAGUAACAUUAAGAGAAGCAAAGCAUUACUACUCUAACACUGGGCCUUGAGAAAAUGACUUGAUAAAACCGUCUCUUCCAAGUAAAUUCCACAAUAAGCAACAGGAGUUCUCGCCCACACUGAACUUUCAUUGGUACAAAUCCUGUUCUGCAUGGCAGAAGUGUAUAUUAAACAACUAAACAAAACAUUUCCACAUUCUUUGUGGACAGAAUAAUUACUUGUUGGAUCACAUCUACUUAGGACAUGUUGAAACAUGUUAUGCUACAAAUAUGGUUUAGGGAAAGAAACUUUGGACCGCUGAAUUUCACAUUUGCUCUAAGAUAGCUUGAGAAUGUCAAAAUCUGAGGAACAUUCUCUGAAUUACAUUAUGAGAACACAUAGAAGCUACCAGAAAAUCCACUGAGUGCACAAAAACAAGUCCUAUACUCGUGCAAUAAAAUGCCAUGCAUUCCUUUAAACAAAGACUUUUAACUUGGGAGAUUGUCUGGCUAAUCAGUCCUUAAUAUCAAAUAUGAUAGAAGAAUUCACUUCUUUUUCAGUCAUGAUAAGGCACUGAACAUGCUCCACAUUUUCCCGUUUAAAACUAUAAUUGUGUACAAACAAUACUUAUGUUCCUGAAUUACAAAGCAUGUGUGAAGUGAACCCGCUUGAAACAGCAACUGGAACUAGGUUAAAAGGUCAAACCAAAAUAUUCCAUGUCUGUUUUCUAUGAGAUCUAACCACUGGUUUAAUAUAACAUCACUUAGUUCUUUUAUAACACAUGUAACGUUGAACUGAGAUGAACUUUUAAGAACAAUAGGAAAAGUCUCGUUCGUUGCAUUUAGAUCAUUGUUUGUUUUGUUCAGGAUACAUGGAACUCUUUUUUUCCCCCCAAUAAUUACAAAACACACAUCAAGCCCUCAGAGGUUGUGUAUAUAGUGGAGGGUGUCAUUUCUUCAUUUAUGUAUUGUAGACACUCAUCCUAUUAAAAUCAUUCUCAUAUAAGUGUUCCUUUCAGUGAAAGGAAAAGCACCAAGAAUGAAAAGUAUGAAUAAACACAUUUUGAAGUUCCA